AUGCUUCGUGCUCGUCGUCUCGUGACGCUUUGGCAUCGUGCACAACCGUCUACCGACACCAAUUUACAUCGGUUGAGCAAAUGUCUCGCUUGUAUGGAUAACCCAUCCGUAUCUCUCAUUCCACAACGUCGGUGGAUGUCAUCUGAGAGGUCAAAUAAGGUCCUUUUUGAGUCGGACGAAACCAAGACAAAACUCUUGGAAGAACUGGAUAGCUAUCGUGAAACCGGCAAAUGGCGUCAAGCACUCAAGCUAUUGGAUCGUGUGGAUAACGAUGAAGCUUUACCAGCAUUAGAUUCGUACAUGUACGAGCGUGCUAUUGCUGCUUGUGCACGCAUGGGCAAAGUCGAGGUCCUUCCGGGUCUAUUGAACAAUAUGGUAGUAGAUCAUCUUCGACCUACUAGUGCCACCAUUGACUUUAUCAUUCAGGCAUAUCUGGCCAAGGAACAUUGGGGACUUAUUGUGCAAUUGGCUAGUGAGGCCACAUCUAUGGGUGUAGAGCUUUCUCCUGCUGCCUUCCAUGCCAUCAUGGAAGCCUGUGGACAAGUGAAAGAUGCUGACAGCACUAUAAAAAUUAUGAAACAGCUUAGUAAAGCUGGAGUUCAACUUACAGUAGACCACUACAGUGCAGCUAUCCGAGCUGCUGGUAUGGCACAAAGACCUGAUACGGCAAUGGCGCUAUUUGUGCAGAUGGAGGAGCAUGACAAACUACAGGAUAAUGGCGAAGCGUUUAGUCAACUUAUCCGCUGUCAAGUGCUAAACGGAGACUUGGAACAGGCACUGCAAAGCUUUGCUACCGCCACGCAGCGCGGUUUGAGUCUGGAUGAACCCAUUUACACUUGUGCGAUCGAUGCGCUCGUGUCGAACGAUAAACACUGGCAAGCUACGCGGUUGUUUGAGCAGAUGCUAGAAAGUGGUGAGAAACGCCCGACAGUCUUUUGUUUAGGUCGCGCGAUGCUUGCGUACACAGGCGCAAACCGAAGUCAACACGCCUGGGCCUGUUGGAACAAGAUUGUCGAGACCAAAGAGCUUAAUCCCGCCCCUACAAAGUACAACAAGCUGCUGCAAGGACUGACGCAUGCAAAGGACACGCAGCUCGCGGUAGAAGUCUUCGAUUACAUCCAGAAGCUUUUCGAGCCUGGCCAGAUCCAUCAGGGCGCCUACACGACAGCUAUUCGUGCCCACGGAAGACUGGGGAACACGCAAAGAGCAGUGGAUUUAUUUGACGAGUACGUUGAGAGCUGCAAUGGCUCCAAUAGGGUAUCGCGCUUUGUUGGCAUCUACUUGGCUCUGUUCAACGCGCUUUCACGAGACAAUAAGCGUGAUCCUGUACUCAAUACUCGCGAUGCGAAGCGCGCGUGGAAAAUUAUGUCCGCUAAUGUGCCAGUUGUGCUCCCGCCUGCAUACGCAAGUCUUGCAGGUGUGUUUGCUAGUACCGGGGAUAUGGAGACGCUCGAAGAUUUAAUCGAGCAUGCUGAGCAGAGUUGGGGUGCUACGGCUGAGGUGAUGCAUCGACAGGAAUUUGACGAGGAUGGCGAUCAAUUGGCAGCAGUUGCAUUUUUUGAUGGUGAUAACGUCGAGCUUGGUAGCGAAAAUGAUGUACUCCUGUUUAACGGAGUGAUCAGCGGCUUGUGUAAGGCACGUGACGACCGAACGGCGAAUAUUGAGGCUUAUUUGGAGCUGAUGCUUUCACGAGGACUUCCAAUCACUGAUUCGAUUGUGCGUGCAACAACGGACGCUUGCGUCCGUUUUGAAAAUUGGGAUUUGAUGCAAAAGCUCAUGACAAUGGUGGACGUGGAUGCUUUGAAAAACGCUGAGGUUUGUGUAGGCGACACGGUAUCGAAGCUGCUUGAGGCGGGUAACUGGAAUUUGGGUCGUGACUGGUUGAUGUUUUCUCAUCGCCACGGUUUACGUCCUCCCGUACGUCGGAAACGGGAGCUUCUACGAGAAAUGUCUGAGAACAAGAGCAAAGAGUGGCGAAUUGCAUACACGUUGGCAAAUGAAACUUUGUCGUUCCGUCGCCUCGUUCAAAACAACGUGGAUAGUAUCGCUGAUGCGUGUGAUGUGUGCAUGAACGCGGAUCGCAUCGACUUGGUCGUGAAGCUUUUUGAUGCUGUUGCGGGACAUCCGUCACUGCGAUACUUUCGUAAUCACGAGCGCCAGGUGCAAGAAAGCCAAGAUGCAUCCCAGUCCUUGGAAUCUGAUGUGGUGCCCGUGGUGGUCCCACUGCGUAUGUACAAGCACUCGAUCCUUGCGCUGCUUCGCCAGCCCAAGAGUGAAGUUCCAGAUGUCGAUGAUAGCUGGCGGAUGAUUAAAGCAGAGCGCAUCUGUAGGCAAAUGUUGCAGGUGCAUGGUAAGGCAUUAGACGGUGAGGCUUUGUCUAUGGCUAUAUCUAUCAAGGCCACUGCUGGUGACUACGACGAUGUAGGUGCGCUGUAUGAAUCCAUGCGUGCGCUUGGCCUUCAGCCCAACUCAUAUGCUCAAAAUGCGGCAAUCAUCGCAUUUUCACGCCAGCGUCGCACGGAUCAAGUGCUUGCUAUUUGCAAUGAACUCAAGUCUACCAUAGAUGAAAACGGCAACGUCAGGAUGGUCGAGUCGAACGUGGCCAGGUCUUUACUGUUGUCGCUUGCGCUUGCACACGAGGAUGACGCUCUUCGCGAUGCAGUGCAAAAUCUGCCUGGAUGCAACAUUGAGACAGCCCUGGAUGUGCUAGUGGAAACCAAUCGGACUACCGACUCAGUGGAGUUUUUCAAUGAUGACGUGUCUUCCGACGCGUUUGAAUCGCUUUUCCAUGAGCUGUGCAAGUCUGGUAACCCUGUUCUCGGCGCGACGCUACUGCUUAAGUAUGCUCGACUGCACGGAUUGACGGAGGUGCAUCCCAAUCGUGUAAUCCGCGUGACAAACGCUCUUGCCGGAGAGGGGAACCUCGUUGAGGCAGAGAAACUCUUGCAGAUGUACUUGGAUGGAAGCAAAGGUGUGUCCCUGAAGCAAAUGCCGGCAUACUUUCAGCAACACACGAUUGAGAUGUUGCUCUUUAUCUAUGGCGAAUUUGGUCACUUUGAUGCCAUGCGUACACUUUUUGAAAAAGAGCUGAUGGCAUUUCCGCUCAAGGUUGCGCACUAUGAGGCAGCUAUGGAGUAUUGUGCACAGUCACGUGAUGAGCUCGCGGGUGCAGUGGCUAGUCUGAAGUUGUUUGAGGUGCUGCGUACACACGGAUUUAUCCAGCCGAGCGGUUAUACCUAUCUGUUGACGCUACAGAGCUGUCUGCGUCUUGAGCGCUUAGAAUCUGCGAACGCCUCUGCUGUAAAGUCCACGGGCCAAAUCAUCUUGGGCGACGUACAAGAGCACGGGUUCCAGAAGACGGUGGCGGACGAGCUGACGAAGCAAGUUGCGUCUGCGUUCAAGCAGGUUCAGGUCAAGAACGAAAAGGUGAUUCGUCGGAUCAAAAAGGAGGGCGAGUCAGCGGACACCAGCAUUAUGAGCCCAGAGGAGCUUGCGCGGAUAGCACUUUUCUGCCAUCGUCAUGGAAUGCCGAUCACAGUGGAGCUGGCGGAUAAAUUGCUACAACUGCACCAGCACCUGCCAGCCAUGAUCGCAAACGAGUUGGCUUUCGUGAAGCGAUCGCUUCAAGAAGGAUUGGGUGUUGUUGCUGCCCCCGGCUCGCGUGUCAACAGUAUUCCAACGAAACGGGUGACUAAGAAGAGGACUGACACGAAAACGAAGCAUGUGCCCUCUGGUACGAAAACGAAGCGUGUGCCCUCUGGCCAUUUGCGCAACCGUAUGGUGGGAGAAAUCCGCGUACCGAUCACGACCGAACAGGAAUAG